CGGGCUGGGACUCGCCGCUCGCACGCCCUUGGGCCGAGGCCGGGCGUUCUUUCUCCCUUCCGCUUCCGACGCUCUGUCGGCCGAGUCAGUGUAUGUGCGGUAACACCAUGUCUGCUCCGCUGCCCGCCAUCGUGCCCGCCGCUCGGAAGGCCACCGCCGCGGACGUGGAUAUCUGCUGUGGAGAAUGUUGACCAGGACCUGUGAGUGCUGAAACCCCACGUGCAUUCUCCCAGGCACUGAAGGGUAAUUUUCCUUCAUGGAUUGGGAGAUACUGGGCAUGGAUGGGCAGAAGCUUUUGCAGGUAUCAGAAGUUCACAUAUCAAAUAUAUCUGCCCACAUGCACCUGUUAUGCCUGUUACAUUAAAUAUGAACAUGGCUAUGCCUUCUUGGUUUGAUAUUAUUGGACUUUCACCAGAUUCACAGGAGGAUGAACCUGGAAUUAAACAGGCAGCAGAAAACGUAAAGGCUUUGAUAGAUCAAGAGGUGAAGAAUGGCAUUCCUUCUAACAGAAUUAUUUUGGGAGGAUUUUCUCAGGGAGGAGCUUUAUCUUUAUAUACUGCUCUUACCACACAGCAGAAACUGGCAGGUGUCACUGCACUCAGUUGCUGGCUUCCACUUCGGGCUUCAUUUCCACAGGGUCCUAUCAGUGGUGCUAAUAGAGAUAUUUCUAUUCUCCAGUGCCAUGGAGAUUGUGACCCUUUAGUUCCACUAAUGUUUGGUUCUCUCACUGUGGAAAAACUAAAAACAUUGGUAAAUCCAGCCAAUGUAACCUUUAAGACCUAUGAAGGCAUGAUGCACAGUUCAUGUCAGCAGGAAAUGAUGGAUGUCAAGCAAUUCAUUGAUAAACUCCUACCUCCAAUUGAUUGACGUCAUUAAGAGGCCUUGUGUAGAAGUACACCAGCAUCAUUGUAGUAGAGCAUAAACUUUUCCCUGUGCCCAGUCUUGAAACUUCUAAUGUUUGCAAGUGUUAAAAUGUUUUGCAAUUACACGCCAAUGACACUGACUAAAUAAUGUCUCCUCAUAGGAAAUAUAUGAUAUUUCAGUUUCUAUACGUGUAUUUGUAAAAUAUGAUCCACAAUAUACUGGUAUUAAUAUAGGUGAAGCAGCUAGCUUCUUUUUCUUAACUGUAACUUAGCAAAAUAAUAAAAUACUUCAGUCAGAUUUUUUAUUACAUGAUUUGAAAAUUAACAGUAUGCUUAAGGAAAAUUUAUGCAGAUAUGAAGAAGCAGUUAAGAUAUAAGAUUUUUGCAUGCUGUGACUUAGUCUGUGGAUUUAUUCCGAAGUUGCUUAGUCACCAUGCACUGUCUGGUAUUUUUAUAUAUGCACUCAUAUGUAAUGACUGUAAAACCUAAGAAGGAGAAGGUAUUACAUUAUUCCUAGUAGUAGGAAUAAUGCUUUUAAGUGUCAGUAAAGAGUAAUAUUGUUCUCUUCAAAUAAUGGCCCUUUUAUUUUGGGACCAGACUUUUCCCUGAUGUCAUUUCUGUUUAAUAUUCUUUUCUCCCCUCAAGAAAAAAAGUGUUCUUUCUUGAUUUUCCUUUAUAGCAGACCAAAUACUGCUUUCCUGCCAUAGAAUCUGCUGUCAAUAAUGCUGUAAUUUGACAUUCUGAGUCACAGACCUAUGGUAUUGAAAAACUAUUUACACUUUAAAAGAAAACAACUGUUACAUAAAACUUUCUGUAUAACUUAUUUCAAACAACUGUACAUUAGUGUAAACUUAGACCUGGUCAGUGAUUAGAAUACAGUCUUCAAUCCAGGUAACAAAUCAUUCUGUGUUUUUAUUUUUUUGUAUGUAAGUGAAAGAAUAAUUAGGUCAUAUUGUAGUAUUUUCUGAAAUAGUUAAGAACAAUCUUAAAAACUAAUUUCUGAAAUUAUUUCAUCUCCUGGUAGCAUAGUUUGUUUUCUGUACAUUUGUUUCAAACCAGCUACUGUAGGAAACGAGCAGUCCAUUAGAAAAAGUUGGUUUUUUCUGUCAAUGAGCUUAUUUUAAGUUUUCAUUUAGUCAAAUGAUUUUAAUGAUUAGUUUUCUGUACCGACAUAAAAACAGCAAUCAUUUGAUUUUAAAUAAUCAAAAUUUCAAGAUUACUGAAAAAAAUUAUUGAAAACAAGUUUAUGAGUAAUAAACAUUAAUCAGAACCAUGUACUGUGGUAUAUUUACCACACAGUUUAAUAUGUAGCAAAAAUGAAUGCUUGAUAUUUCUGAACUGUGUUAAUUUUUCUGCUGUAUUUCAACUGACCAAACAAUGUUAAGAAUGCAUCUUUAUAAAUGGGUGCUAAUUGGUAAUGAAAAUAAUUUAGUAAUGGACUAUAUAGGAUGUUAAUAAUGAAGCCAUAUGUUUAUGUCUGGAUUUAAAAAUUUUAAACAAUCAUUUACUGAGUAAUUUUGCUUUACCUUAAAGAACAUAAACUGUUGUUUCAGUUAUAUAAGUCAGCAAAAUCUUAUUUAUGGCAAGAAAUAUUCCGUUGAAAUGUUAUGCUGUAAUGUGGGAAAAUGUAAAUGUUUUCCACAGUUUCUAUCAAUGUGAAAUAAAAUUUAAUUCUGACUUUUCUGUGACCAUUACUAUGGAAUAAAUGACUAUACUGAAAAUAGCAAAGUAAUCAUAAAAACAAACAUUCAGAGAGAAGCUUUCAUGAUGGUGUAGUUGGCUUGGAAUGGAACCAGUCAAGAGAAAUAACAUUAUUACUCAGUUUUAAUCUGCCAAAAACAUAAUUUUGUUUUUCAGUGUGUGUUUUAUUUGCCAAUUUCUUUGUUUUUUCCUUUCAUGUAAUAUUCACUUGGAUUUUUAAGUCACUCUCAUAAAUCAGUUAUA